AUGGACAUCAUUCCAGUGAUCUUCAUUACCACCGAGAAAGUUGAGUCAAGUGAUCAAGUCUAUGUAUGUCGCAUAACUCUUUCUUCUAACUCCUUGGGCGUUUUAUACGGAGAAGACCCUUUGAAUAUCAACUUUAACCUCGUCUUUCUUGAUCUUGCUUUGAUCAUUUUAAUAACUAAGAUGAUUCGCAUUCUUCUCAAGCCUCUAAAACAGCCAAGAGUCGUCUCGGAUGUCAUUAUAAGAAGCCAAAAAGAUAGAAACAAGAAGCAUAUGGAAAACGGGCCAAGGGUCCAAAGAGCCAAAACUCGUGCACAGCCACGGCCCCCUGCAAAAAAUCACCACGUGGACGACGCGAUGUCUGCCAGUGAAUGCCAGGCCAUCGUCUCCGCCAUUCGUGGCAGCACCGCCGCCUAA